CGUUUGCUUUUCCUUCAUACUGUGGUUGAAAGUCUUUUCUAGUCUUAUCGGAGAAGACGACUGCUUCAUUAAAUUAGAGAAUUCGUGUAUGCCUCGUAUGGCGGAAAAUGCAGCAGUCGCUGAUGUUGUUCAUCUCGACAGUGAUAGUGACAGUGACGACGGAGUAGGAGGAAGAGAAUCAGCAAGUACAAUCGCUGAUGCUGCGACGGUGGCUCCUACGGAAUGCCGGAGCUUUUGGAAAGCCGGAGAAAACUUUGUGAUACCGAACGUUGUGACUCCGACUUCUCCAGGUUUGCUUGAGCAUGCUCGAGUUCAUCCCAGGUUUCUUCACUCGAAUGCUACUUCACACAAAUGGGCUUUUGGAGCAAUCGCUGAGCUACUUGACAAUGCUGUUGACGAGAUACAAAAUGGUGCUACGUUUGUUAAGAUCGAUAAGAUCAAUAUUGUCAAAGAUAAUUCCCCAGCUUUACUUUUCCAAGAUGAUGGCGGUGGGAUGGAUCCCACUGGGCUCAGAAAAUGCAUGAGCUUAGGCUACUCAUCAAAGAAGUCUAAUACAACAAUUGGACAGUAUGGAAAUGGUUUCAAGACAAGUACCAUGAGACUUGGAGCUGAUGCCAUUGUUUUUAGUCGCUCAACUCGUGGAGGCACAUCUACUCAGAGUGUUGGUCUUCUGUCUUACACAUUCCUAAGAAAAACUGGUCAGGAUGAUGUCAUUGUUCCUAUGAUUGAUUUUGAUAUAUCCAAGGAGCGACCACAACCAAUUAUUUAUGGAUCUCCAGAAGAUUGGGCUGCCAACCUUGAAAUUCUACUCAAAUGGUCUCCGUUUUCUACAGAGGAUGAACUUUUACAACAGUUCGAGGACGUUGGAACUCAUGGAACAAAAGUAAUUAUAUACAACUUGUGGCUUAAUGAUGAAGGAAUCUAUGAGCUGAGUUUUGACGACGACGACGACGAGGACAUUCGGCUCCGAGAUGAAAGUGUCAAUGACGGUAAACGGUUGCACCAUAAGUUAUUGGAACUGAGAUCUCAUAUUUCAUACCACUUACGUUACUCUCUGAGGGCAUAUGCUUCAAUGUUAUAUCUCAAAAAGUUCAAAAACUUCAAAAUUAUAAUUCGGGGAAUCCCUGUGGAGCAGUUCAACAUUGCCGAUGAAUUUAGAUUUCCCGAGAUUAUAAAGUACAAGCCCCAUACAGCUACAAUGGAACAAGCUUCCACUGAAAUCAAAGUUGGAUUUGUAAAGGAGGCGCCUAAGCUUGCAAUUUGCGGUUUCAAUGUCUAUCACAAAAACCGUCUCAUCCGGCCUUUCUGGAAGGUCACUAUGGGAGGGGACUCGACAGGCAAUGGUGUUGUGGGAGUUCUUGAAGCAAACUUCAUAGAACCAGCCCACGAUAAGCAAGAUUUUGAAAGGUCUUCUCUAUUUCAGCGGCUGGAGGCGAGGUUGAAAAAGAUUGUCUAUAGUUACUGGUAUACCCACUGCCACGUUUUUGGAUACCAUACUUAUCAAAUGCCUGCAGAUAAGUCGAAAAAGAUAGCAAUACCUGAUCAACCGCCUACUGUCAAUACAUUCAAUCCUUCGCCAUUGCCUUCUGAUAAAAUAAGUCAAGGUGGUCCUAUCAUACGUGAAAUCAAUCUUAGUAACGCCACUUCAAGCCGUACAGUUGCUGUUGCAGCGCCACACAUGAGAAAUUCCAUGGGUUUAAGAAGUAACUUCCAACCUGUGCAGCUCAACCCACAACCUGCGGCUGCUGAUACUGGAAACACCCUCGUUGGCAAGUCCGCGGGUGAGAUCAGCGAAGAGAACUUACAACUCUUCAUGAGGUGCGAGGAAUAUAUAAAGAAAGAGAAUGAAAUAGAACAGACGGUAAAGAGCUUAGAAAAAGAACUGGAAGAAGUUAAAAGUAAAUGUGCACGACUUGCUCUGCUUGUGGAUGCUAAGAAGAAGGAGAUGCAACAAGUUUAGUAAAAGCGUUACGAGUUAAAACUCUCUGGAAUCUAUAGAACCCUAGUUUGAUUCAGACUUUUUGGUGUUCUUGAUUUUUGUUUUUCACCUUUGAUGGUGUUCUUGUAUUUGCAUAAUAGCAUGUGCAUAUAUGUAACGUAUGUACAGAGUAUAAUACUUUUUUAGGAAAUGGGCCUCUAACGUAUUUGGGCU